AUGGCUACAUGUACCGAACACCGCUCUGUCACGAGUUUGGGCGCUUCCGCCUGUGGACACGGCUUCGACAACACCCCCCCAGCGGAGGGCAAUAUACUGGAGGAGGUUCUGGAGGAAGCUGUAUACCUCAAGGAGCCCACAGUCCUGCUCCUGGCCUCUUCCGCUAGCUGUCUCCUCGAUGACUGCCUUCGGAAAGUUGGCAACGACUACACCCGCACGCUCCUACGGCUGUCCCUCGGCGAGGUGGCUAAGGCGUAUCCACGCUUGGACAGCAGGUUGAAACGUGGGUGGAAAACUCCCGAUGCUGCCAUCGGGGAGCUACGCGAGUGUAUGGAUGCGCUUUUUGACGUGCUGUCCACCCUUGACAACGUCAGAGAGGAGAUGAAGGAGGAGGAGGAUGAGGAGGAGAAGGUGGGGAAGGAGGAGGGGGAGGUGGAGGAUGUGACGACGGCGGCGAUACCCGAAGAGCUCGAAUCGGAGUACUCACUGUCAAUGGUGGGAGGAUAUUCUUCGGCAGAGGAUCAGGAUGGGUUGGAGAGGGCUUUCUGGGAGGAGCAAGCAGCACCCCCGACCAACGGGAUGGGUACGCACUGGGAAAUAUACCAGCAGUAUAUCCGGGACAGGUUCCCGCAAGCGGUUGGAGAGCUGGAUGCUGAAGGGCUUGCGAAGGGGAAUGUCGACUGCUAUGACAGGCUGGUGAGGCUGGACGAGGAUCGACUGAAGGAGGAGGAGAAUGUCGCGCAAAGUGCCUAUUUACAACCUGUGCUCGAGGAUUCUGCCAUGCACAUUCAAACAGCCCAGAAAACGCUGGAAAGACUGAAAGCUUUACCAUCGGCGGGUGUCGCCACCACGUUAAAGGACUCCGUAGAGAAAAUGGAAAGAAUGAGUCAGAACCAGUGA